AGAUCGUUUGACUUAUUCCAUUGGUUGAUUUUUUUUUCUUGCUUUUCUAAUUGAUUUUUUAAAAUGUAUUUCUGGGGGGCUGUUACAGUGAGUAGAGCAUGGAUGAUAACUGUAAAACUGUGAAUGCCCUUUUGAGUUGGUUUCCAGGUGCAGCAAUGGCUGGUUGAACCAGAUAAGGAUUUGCAUGCCAAACCUGACAAGCCUCUGAGCAGGGAAAUGAUCUCACCCAGUAGUAUAUUUCAAGAAGAUUAAAUGCAUCGUGGGUGCAGUUUUCCCCCUGAAGGCAGAAUGGAUAAGAUGCUCGUGUUUCUUCUUUUGGCUGGGAUGGUGGGAGCAGAGGUGCAGGAGACCCUCUCACCAGAGUGUAAGCAGUUCUUGUACAUGGGGACGCCGCCGCGGGGGCUCGAGGAGCAGCCCCUCAAGAAGAUCUGCCAGUUCUACGCCGGCAAACCGCGGUUCUUCACGCUCUAUGACACCUUCAGCCGCAUCCCAGUUUACUCUGCCUACACCUUCAAACGCUCCGACGGCUUCAAGAAGGUCGACGUGCCAUGGAUGUAUGAACCACAGCUGUCCAUUAAGUCCGACUCCAGAGAGAUGCAGUCCUUCCCCUCCGGCAACCUUCCCAGCAGCUUUGAGGACUCUCAGGCUGUGCUGGAAGACUACUCCAACAGCGUCGUCUUCGAGCGAGGUCAACUUAACCCAGAUGAGCACCAGGGCGACCUGGACGACAAGGCCGCCACCUACACUCUGACCAACGUGGUCCCUCAAGCUCGGGAGUUCAACAUCGGCCCCUGGAAAACCCACGAGCACACCAUACGCCAGAGGCUGAACAACUACUGCCGGGGCACGGCCUACGUCAUCACCGGGAUCACCACGUCAGGCCACACCCUACGCCGCAAUAACAUCAACCGCCUGGGCAUACCCACCUACCUGUGGUCAGCCUACUGCUGCACCGACUAUGACCACAACGCUCCAUACUCGGAGCGCUCCAAGUUCCCCACGUUUGCAGCUUACGGGCUCAACGACAAAGAGGACAACAAGGUGCAGGAGAUGACGGUGCAGCAGCUGGAGAUCUUCCUGAAGAAAGUCACUUACGUUGACAGCUCCUUCCAGAUCUUCUACCAGAACUGUGCUCCUGCUAACAACGUCUGAAAUUAGUCCUAAAGUCAGGAGACAACCCUCCUCUUCCUCAUCUUAGAUGUGACAGUAGUUAUAAAAA